GGGGCUUACAAGAAGUCGGAAAAAAUUGUUAUUGUUUGGAAAAAAAUGAUGACUUGAUUAUUGUGGAUUGUGGGGUGAAGUUUGUGAAUAAUAAUAAUUUGGCGGAUGGCACUAUUCCCAACUUUACUUAUUUGCAAGAAAAUAGGAAAAAAAUUAAGGGUUUAUUCCUAACCCACGCUCACGAAGACCACGUGGGAGGAAUACCUUAUUUGCUCCAAGUUCUGCCCCAAAUUCCGGUUUACGGCUCGGAAUUUUCAAUUUCUUACUUAAAGCAGAAAUUAGGAGUUCGAGAUAAUCGAGAUAAACAGUUCCGCACGGUAAUAUUUGGGGAUGACACUGUGGUGCGGACCGAGGAAUUUCGAGUUAGUUUCUUUCGGGUAACUCAUUCUAUACCCGGCUCAUUCGGUUUGAUAGUGGAAGUUCUAGCCGAUAACUCGCGAAUUGUUCUCACCGGCGAUUUUAAGUUUGACUUAACGGCCAUUGGCGAAGAAACUGACUUAGCCAAGUUGGCCGAAGCGGGCAAAAAGGGAGUUGAUUUGCUUUUGAGCGAAUCCACUAAUGCUGAAAUACCUGGUAAUACUCCUUCCGAAGUUAAAGUAGUGCAACGUUUAGAAAGCCUUAUUACCGAAGCAACUGUUGAAAAAGAUGACACGAUUGUUUUAACUUCUUCUCCGAUUAUGGAUAACCGGCUAAAUGUGGAAGUGAUUAGUAAUAAAUUAUUUGCCCUAGGAGCCAAGAUUUACGAGAAUAACAAACAGGAUUUACUCCAUGCUUCGGGUCAUGCUUGCCAAGAAGAUUUAAAGUUAAUGUUAAAGUUAGUUAACCCGACUUACUUGAUGCCUAUCCAUGGCGAUUUUCGGAUGCUGAAAGAGCACAGUUAUUUGGCCGAAGAAGUCGGUAUUCCUUCCCCAAAUGUUUUCGUUUGUGAAAACGGGGAAGUAGUGGAAGCCAAGGGAAAAGAAUUUUUUUUAGCAGGGGAAAAAAUUGCGUCCCAAUCUAAUUAUGUUUUUAACGACCAAUUGGUUUUGGCGGACGAGUUAAAUCACAACUUAUUUUUGCGAGAAAAAAUGGCCCACG